AUGCUUUCCUUUCAUUUCUGGGAGUCCCGGGGUCGACCUGCAGAUGCUGCUCCUUCCGUGGCCGGUGGCAUUCGGACUCCCAGCUGCCCACGGUGCCAGGGAAACAACUGGACAGGACAGCUCUGCUGCCGGACGCUGGCCACAGUCUCAGCCAGCGCAGCAGCCCCCCAGCCACAGACCACCUCUGCUGCCCCAUCCAGGCACCUGGCCGGCUCCCGCAGGCUUGCCAAGGCCCCGCCACAGAGGCUGAGCGACUGGCCGGGGGUGGCUGCAGCGGCCUCGGUGCCUACAGCUUUGGGGCCAGUCCAGGCACGUGGGACCCUGCUCCGGGCCACUCUGCGGCCCCUCCAGGAGCUGAGAGGCACCCAGGGCAGCCCCAGGGCUCACCAUUGCCUCUUCCUGUCGCUGAGACCCGGGCGAGGGCUCCGGAUGGAAGCGGCCCCUCCAGAGCUGAGUUCGCAGGCUGCACCGGUGGAAGCAGGGGACGAGGGCAGCGGCGCUCCAGGCAGCCGGGAGCUCAAGCAACAGCUGCGGCCACUUCCCAAGCCUCCGGCCUCCUCCCAGCGAGAGGCGAAGUAUGUGGAGAUGUGCGCUUCAGCCGGAGCCCCGAGGGCCAGUCCCCGCACCGUGAAACUUACCCUGGAGCACCGUCCUGGGGACCAGCGGGCCCCUGGCAGCCCGAAGGAGAAAGCCCAAGAGGAGCCCAACGGCCGAGAGCAGCAGGCGCCAGCUCCCGGGAAGGAUCCUGCUGCGGUGGCACCCUCCGGCGCCCGGCUCUCCCGCACUGCCGAGGGGGAUGGCAGCUUCUCCUCCUCCGUGUCCUCGUCCCCAGUGGACGACGCAGAAGAGGACGGCCUUUCCAAAACGGCCGAUUCAGCCACAUCCACGGGGGCUCUGGCCACCUCCUCUUCGUCCUUAGGCUUUGAGAGUGAGGGCAGUGAGAUCCCAGGGAGCUGCCAGCCCCCGGGGGGAGAAGGGGCCGGCGGGGGAGGGGCAGGGGACAGCACCGAGUGCAGGGACAUCAUUGCCAAGUCGCAGGGCAGCAGGGACCCCCCCAAACACGAGGAGGCUCACUACAUCACCACCCACGAGAUCCAGCUGAGUGAGGUGGAGCAAGAUAUGGAUUUCGACGUGGGCCUGGCCUCCCGCUGGGAUUUCGAAGACAACAACGUGAUCUACUCGUUCGUGGACUAUGCCUCCUUCGGCGGCAGCGACGAGACCCCAGGGGACAUCACCACCCCGACCGAAGAGGACGACGACAACAGCUGCUACCUCAGCACCACUCCCAGCACCAACGCCACGCGGACGCCCAGCCCCACCAGCAGCGACCUGGUCCGCCCCGGCGCCGGCAGCAGUGGUCGUGACACCAGCAGCACGGAAGUCGGCAGCGGCCCCCCUGACGGUGACCCCACUCCCCCACCCACUGGCCCUGGCACUGCCACCCUGCCUGAGACCUUGCCGGAGCGCGGGGAGGCAGCUUCAGGGGCAGCCGCCGCCGCAAGCAGCUGUGGGAGUGCAGCAAGCCAGAUCCUCCUAUCAAUCAAACCGACUUCCCGGGCUAUAAAUGAGCCUAGCAACGUGCGUGCAAAGCAAAACAUUAUUUACGCUGCCAAGCAUGAAGGCGACAUGAGCCUCCGCGUCUCCACAGCUGCUGAACACAAUUCAAGUUCCCUGAAGCAAAACCCGGCUGCAGCCGUGGCUCAGGACCAUGCAAAGAAAUUCAUUGCCGUCCCUGCUCGCCUGCAAACCAGGUGCGGGGCCAUCCGAGCGAAGGAGCUGGUGGACUACUCCAGCGGGGCCUCCAGCGCCGUGAGCGAGCUGGACGAUGCCGACAAAGAGGUGCGUAACCUGACCUCCCGAGCCUUCCGGAGCCUCGCGUACCCCUACUUUGAGGCUCUCAACAUCAGCUCCCGGGAGUCCUCCGCCACGCUCUCCGAAGUGGGCUUUGGGCGCUGGUCGACCUUCCUGGAUCUAAAAUGCGGGGGCGUUGGAGCCAGGGUGGAGCAGAGCCUGCUGAGAAGCAGCGCGGCCUCAGUGGCUGCAGGGCUGAGGAAGGGCUGUGGCGCCAAGGCCGCUGUUCCAGACCAGCUCUACAUCCAGUCCAAGAAGUCCCAGACCAAGGCCUUGGAGUUCGUGGUCAGCAAGGUUGAGGGGGAGAUCAAGCACGUGGAGACACCCCUAUGCUUCCAGAAGCAGGUGCAGACAGGCCCCCGCGUCGUCACGCUGCUGGAGCCGCUGAACCUCCGCAGUGAGAGCAAGGCCAGCUCAGCUGCCGGGCCCUCCAGGGCCCCCAAAGGCUCCGGCAAGGCUUCUGGGUCGGUGUACACGGACGAUGGCUCCGAGACCUCCGAGAGUGGCAAGCCAGCCCCCCGCGCGGAUGGCUCCCAGAAGAAGUCCAAGUUUGCAUCCAGCCUGCUCAAAAAUGUCAUUUCUAAGAAGAUGCAGCGGGAACACGAGUUCAAAAUGGAGAGGGGAGAGGUCAGCGAUACGUCCCACCACAACCUCCCAGGCACCUGCAAGGAGACGGAAGGGCCUCCUGGCAAUGAGAAGCUGCGGGACAGGGGCCUGCAGAGGCAGAACUCCCGCCAUUCGGAGGCCGGCUCUGAGUACACCGUGGUCAGCGUGUCGGACGCAGGCGGGGAGGGCUCGGUGGUCGGCUCUAAGUCCCCAGUUUUCAAAGCUAGCACUCCUCGGGAGAGCACCGCAGGCUCCGGCCGGAAUGUCACCGAUGGACACACAGAAGUGUGCGAAAUUAAAAAGAGUGCCUCGGAGACAGUCAAGGGCAUCUUCCUCCGGAGUCAGAACAGCGCCUUCCGGUCGUGGAAGGAGAAGGAGGCGGAGAAGCGAGACGAGAAAGCCCCGGUGGGGAAGCUCAAACUCCCCAAAGGGGGCGACUGGAGGGCUGACCUCGGCGAGAUCUCGGCCAGCAAGUCCACCAUCAUGUCCCGCCUCUUUGUCCCCAAUAUUCAGCAGACACCCAAGGACAAGCUCCCCGGGAAGCAGGCCACCAAGUACCCCGCUGCCCAGGCCACCUCCACGGCGGUGAUCAAGCCCAAGGCUCCGGAAAUCAAGAUCCGGCUGGGGAGCGUGCAACAGCCCAGCUCGGACUUCAACAUCGCCAAAUUGCUCACGCCCAAACUGGCGGGGGGCAGCUCCUCCAACCUCUUCAAGACCAUCGAGGACAACAGCAGGGCGCAGCAGAAGCUCUAUCGGGGGGACAACCUGGAAAAGGUGCCCCAGUUCCAGGUGAGAGACGUCAGAGACAAGUCCAAGACUCAAGGGCCCCUCCACCAGGUGAGAGACGUCAGGAAACUCAUCAAAGGGUCAGGGGAUAGCAGUGACAAGGGCAGCGUUACCCCAGAGCAGGGGCUGACCGGGCCCAAGCCCAGGCAGCUGGCUCCUGCAUCCGGUGGAUCGGGAUCCCUGUCCCCGAUGGUGAUCACGUGCCAGGCUGUGGUGAACCAGGGGGAAGACAGCACGGACCGAGAGCCCAGGGAAGCCGUGGGCAAAGGGGGCAGCAGCAGGGUCUUGGAUCCCUCCUCCUCCCCAGAGGGGACGGUCUUGGUUCACAGAGCAUCAGGCAGGCUUCCGGUGGCCACCAUCGCGCCCAACAAGCCUGAGCAGGGCUCCUACCUGCCUGUGCUCAAGAUUGUUUCCAAGGCUUCCGCCCAGAAGACCCCGGAGAAGCCCAAGGAGGAGGAGGCGGCCAAGGAGGAGGGGAAGGCCCCCAAACCAGCCCGGAAUGCCCUGGAGAAGCUGACUGCGGCAGUGAGGUCCAUGGAAGAGCUGUACAGCUUCAACAGGAACGAAUGGAAACGCAAAAGCGACCCCUUGCCCAUGCUGACCGACAGCCACGUCCUGUCGCUCAUCGCCAGCGAGGAGAGGGAGGGCGGCGUGAGUGCUGAGGGGGACCCCGACAAGCUGGCCAAACGGCUGAGUGAGGCAGAAGAGCGCGGCCCGGCGAGGAAAGGCGCCGCGGUGCUGCGCGGGGCUCCCCUCGAACGCCUGCAGCGCAGACACUCCAACCCCAGCGCCGACAGCGUGUCUGCCCGCGCCGCCGCCUUUGAGAACCUAGCCAGGGAAAGGCCCCGGUCUCUCUACAUCCCCCCGGUCCACAAGGAUGCGGAGAGAAGCCACCCACUGCAGCCCCUCCCGCCCUACCCCAGCAACCGCAACGUGCUCACCGUGAGUGCGGGCAGCACCCAGAAAACCGGCGGCGUCGCCGGCAAGUUCCCCCAGGGGCCUUCUCCGGAGAGCCCCUCAGCGGUCAAGGGCAUCAAGGCGCAGGGACUACGGUCGCUCAAGAUUUCUCCGGCCACGCGGGCACCGCCUCCCGACGAGGCGAGCAACAGGAAAGGUGGCCUGGGCCUGGAGAAGAGCAACAGUGACUGUGAGAAUUACCUGACCAUGCCGCUGAAGGCAGGCUCUGCGGCUGCCGGGGGACUGCCUGGCAGGCCUGGAGCUGCAGCAGAGGCGCCCCCCGCCUCCUCAGCGGCCACGCUCUGCAGCUUACCCCCACUCAGCGCCCGCAGUCAGAUCCCCAGCAGCCCCAAAGGCUCUCAGGUCAGCGGAACCAGCCGGCCUGCGUGGCGAACCAAGCCUGACAAUUCCCGGGAGACCAUUGCUGCGGCUGCAGCCGCUGCAGGGCCACGAAGCCCCGAGCAUCCCCCUACCGCUAUCUACCACCAACCCUCACUGCCCUUCACCCUGCAGGGGCCCCAGCCUCAAGUCCUCUGCUUCUCCCCGCCUGGCAUGCCUGCCCCAGCACCUGCAGGCCCAGCCGCCGUCCCCGCAGACCCCUUCCAGCAGCCGCAGCCUCAGCAGACCCAGCGGAAGAUGCUCCUGGAUGUCACAACCGGCCAGUACUAUCUGGUGGACACCCCAGUGCAGCCCAUGACCAGGAGACUGUUCGACCCAGAGACGGGUCAGUAUGUGGAUGUGCCCAUGACCUCCCAGCAGCCAGCUGUGGCUCCCAUGUCUCUCCCUGUGCCUCCCCUGGCCCUGAGUCCUGGGGCCUAUGGACCCACCUACAUGAUCUACCCGGGGUUUCUUCCCACGGUGCUGCCCCCCAACGCCCUGCAGCCCACGGCAAUCGCUCACACGCCAGGGGGCAGCGAGCUCUCCCCCAUGGCGGCAGAACCCCCCAGUAAAGAGGCAGCUGCCACGUUCACUGAGGCCCCGUACUUCAUGGCCUCUGGACAGUCUCCAGCCUCCCCUUCCUCCUCGGCCCCAGCAGCCGCAUCCCAGCUCGUGGGGGCCAAGGGCUUCGCCCAGCUUCACGGCAAGCCCGUCAUCAGCAUCACUUCGCAGCCCCUGGGGCCCAGGAUCAUCGCCCCCCCUUCCUUUGACGGCACCACCAUGAGCUUUGUGGUGGAGCACAGAUGA